UGCCGAGGCUUGGCGAUCGCGCCGCCGUCUCUGCCGGACCUCGGCAUUCCCGGAGCUGCUGGGUGCCCUCGUCGUCGCCGCCGCCGUGCCUCCUGAGCCGCCGUCAGGCUCCGAGGUAGGUCCGAACCGGGCCGUCUGUGCUGGACUAGACUUAAGGAAGCUGGGGUGGCCGUGGCUCUGAGGGUCUAAGAGGAGGAGGAGGAGGAGGAGGAGGCAAGGGCCGCAUAGAGCGAUCGAGCGAGGGAUCGGGCGCGCGCCGCGGGCCGCAGCCUUGGGGAGGAGGACAAGGAGCCCUUAGCAGCGUCUCGGGGCCGGUCCCUCUGUCGCGGGCAGAAUGUCCAAGAGAAAGGAGGAUGAUUUCCCUCCGGCCACAGAGCAGAAAAGAGCCAGGCCCGGGUCGGACGUUGAUGAUGAUGAUGAUGAUGAUGGUGGCGGUGAUCUCGAUGUCGAUGACGUCGAUGUAGAUGGUGUGGAUGUGGAUGUGGGUGAGGAUGAGGAUGAGGAUGAGGAUGAGGAUGAGGAUGGUGAUGGUGAGGAGGACGAUGAUGAGGAUGGUGAUUCGGAUGAGGAGCUGGAGGACUUCCCCCAGGACUUGUUUCUUGAAAAUCCCACUCAGAAAGUGCCGAGGGAAUUUGGGAUCAUUGAGAGCAUCCAGCUUGAGAACUUUAUGUGCCAUGCCAUGCUGGGACCUGUGAAAUUUGGCUCAAAUGUCAAUUUUGUGGUGGGCUACAGCGGGAAGAGCACACUGUUAACAGCUCUCAUCAUUGGUCUGGGUGGGAAAUCGCUAGGGACGUCUUUCAAAGACUUUGUGAAAGACGGAGAGGAUUCAGCCAACAUCUCCAUCAAAUUAAGGAACAGGGGAGGGAAUGCUUUUAAAGCUGAGGUUUACGGGGACUCCAUAACUGUGCACCAGCACAUCAGUAUAGACGGGAGUCCGAGUUACCAACUCAAAGACCAAGCAGGAAACCUGGUUUCUUCCAAGAAAGCUGAGCUUACUGCCAUUCUUGACCAUUUUAAAAUACGGGUGGAUAAUCCCGUGGCCAUUUUACCACAAGAGAUGGGCAGGCAGUUAUUGCGGACCAGAAAUGAGGGAGAAAAAUACAAAUUCUUUCUGAAAGCUACAGAGCUUGAACAAAUGAAACAAGAGUACUCCGAAAUUAUGGAGAGAAAGGCCAGAAGCCAGCAUCAGAUACAACAAGGAGAAGAGCAGCUUCUGGAGCUGAAACGGCAGGGGGUAGAGAUAGAGGAGCAUUUUCAGACUAUGGUUACCUUGGGGAACAUGUUAGAGGACAUGAAAAAUGAGAUGACUUGGGCAGUGGUGUGUGAAACUGAGAGACAGUUGGAUGAUAUGAUAAAUAACAUCAAUGUUGGAGACCAGUGUACUAUCAUCUUAAAUCAGGAACUGGAGGCUUCAAAGAUCAUAUUUAAUGAAGCCUUUAAGAGGUAUACCACUAUUCAUGAGAAUGUGCAAAAGUUAAGUGAGGAAGCCACUACAUUAGAGCCUAAAUGCAUUCAAGCCAAAGAAGAUGCCAUGAGAACAUUCAGGGCCUAUAGUCUAGCAAAGGCUUUCUAUAAUUCUUCCCACAAUGAAUAUGUGAGAUUAGAAAAAGUUGCAGAACAGCAUCAGAACAAAAUCGACAUCCUGAAAUCAACUCUGGAAGUAGCAGAGUUGGAAAAACAGAACAAAAUUUCCAUGCUGAAGGAAAAGAUUAGGAACUUUAAGGAUCAAGAAGAUUCACUUGUUGAAGAAAUAAAACAUCUUCAUCAAGCUAUAGAGAAAGAUGACAAAGAGCAUUCUCGAGUCAGGGAUGAUGUGUCAUAUGUGCAGCAAAUACUGAAUGAUGACCAACAGCAGCUAGCGAGGUGGAAAGACUGUAGGUCUGAGCCACUCAAACUAUACGGAGCUCAGAUUCCACCCCUUGUUGCAGCAAUAGAAGAUGCCCAUAGACAAGGGCACUUUGCUUACAAACCUAUAGGUCCACUGGGAGCUUACCUCCGUCUCAGAGACCCUGCCUAUGCUUUGGCUGUCGAGUGCUGCUUAAAGGGCCUGCUUCUUACCUUUUUUUGUGACAACCACAAGGAUUCACAGAUCCUUCGGGAGCUGAUAAAAAGGUUUUAUCCACUGGGCACUCCACGACCACAAAUAAUCGUGUCACCCUUUGACUGUGAGUUGUAUGAUGUAACAGACAGAGCCCCCUAUCACCCAGAAUUUCCAACAGCUCUCACGGUUUUAGAAAUAGAUGACGCAGUGGUAGCCAAUACUUUGGUUGACAUGACAGGCAUAGAGUCAGUGCUGCUUAUUAAAAAUAAUGCUGUGGCUCGUAAAUUGGUAAUUCCUCAUGGGCCCCCCAAGAACUGUACCAAAGUUUUAACUGCCUGUGGUGAUGAAGUAUAUCAGGGACGCUAUUACUCAUGUGAUGAAUCGAGACCUACUUACUUAGGUGACAUAGAAAUACAAAUAAGCAAUUUGGAGAAAGAUGUGGAAAAUAAAAAGGCACGGUUGUCUGCAUGUAAGCAACAUGCGAGUUCACUUGAAAAGGCUAUCAGAAAGAACAGAGAAACUAUUGAUAGUCAUUAUCAACAUUUAAAAGAAAUAAAGAUUAAUGUAAUAAACAUCACUUCCCAAAUAAGAAAUCUUGAGGAUGAAGAAGAUAGCCGAUCUAUAAAUCUCUCAGUUCUGGAAGAUGAAGCUCAGGAAAUUGAAGAAGAGUUGAAAGAGGUGAGGGAAAAGUUGCUAACUCGAAAGGAAGAGAUGGAGAAUUUGAGGAAACCCAAAAUUGAAGCUGAACAGAGACAUGAAGAAUUGAAACUGAGAUGCAGUCAGGUUUCAGAAUUAAUGGAAUCCCUCAUGGAGGAACAAAACCAGACUGUUUUUGAAGUGGAAACCAAACACCAAUCCAUGAUGCAUUAUGACAGUAGGCUUAAGGAACAUCUGGAUUCCCUCCAAUUGAAAAAAGAAGAGAUGGCUAUGAAAGAGAGAGAACUUGAGAGGGAGACGGCUCAGGCCAGAUGCAUCUGCCCUGAGCGGAAAGAAGUUAGAAAAAGUGCCUCUGUCCUCAACAGAGAAAUCAAUGCCUUAAGAGAGCGAAUUGAUUCACAAAACUAUACUCACAGAAAGCGAGAAGAUGUGAUGAAGCAGUACCAAGAAGCAAAAGAAAGAUAUCUGGAUCUGGAUAGUAAAGUAAAGAAUUUGAAAAAGCUUAUUAAAACACUGGAUAAAGUAUCAACACAGAGAUAUGAAACCUACCAGAAAGGCAAAAAGAAUCUUUCUUUACAAUGCAAGGUGUACUUCAACAACUUAAUUUCUCGGUGGUCCUUCUGUGGGGAAAUGCGCUUUGAUCAUAAGAAUGAGACUCUUUCUAUAACAGUUCAGCCUAGAGAUUCUCCCUACAAUGACUUGCCGGACAUAUCUGGAGGUAGACAGUCUUUUUCAAACUUUAUAUUAAUUCUUACUUUGUGGGCCGUCACAAAAUCACCCUUCAGAUGCCUAGACGCGAUUGAUGUCUACAUGGACUGGGAGAGAAGAAAAAUUGCCAUGGAGAUGAUCCUCGGGAUAGCGUGUUCCCAGCAAGGGCACCAGUACAUCCUGCUCACUCCACAGUACUCUCUUCCCCCAAAUCCACUAAUCGAAAUACACCAGAUGCCAGACCUUGAUGAGGCAACCCAGCCUUCCAAAGCAGCCAAUCCAGAAGAAGAAGAAGCCUAAAUUUUUAAUUAAUGCUAUUGUGUUGUCUGCGCGUUGUGUUGUUUUGUAUUUUUGUUUCUCAAAGCAUCUGCAGUGUAAAUGUGCAAAAUGUCCUGACUUUGAAAAAAAAUGAAUGAUUAAGUGCAUCUCAGAUAGGCAUAUUCAAGAUGGCAGAGGAGCAGGAACCACUAGGCCUCCUCCACAAAGAUCUAGAUUCUGACCAGGAAAUCCAUGAAAAAAAAUGCCAGCACCCAACAGCCGAAAGAGAAAGACAGAGAUUUGUGGACAUUGGGAAUGGGAGGGACUUGGCCAAGAGCAUUAUAUCACCCAGGGACUGAAUGAGAGCCAAGACUGGGCACUUGGGUGGGAAAGAAUGAGUUUGUUUCCUGUGACAUAAGUGACUCCAUGUUUAAUUAGGCCGCCUUUUGCAUUUAAGCAUCUUGAUGUCAGUUUUUCCUAACUUGUUUUUCAAUAUUAUAUAUAUGUAUGGUAUAUGUUGUAAAGAACAUGGGUGUUCAUAAACUUCUGCUAAACAUGGGAUAUAUGAUAGCCCACCAAUGGGAAAUUUGUUAAGCAACCUCACUGUUAGCUUAUGUGAUCGGGUACAAAUGAAAUUAAUUGGUUAAAAAAUGAGUUCCCAGCCACCACUCAGAACUUGGGUGUAACUAGCUAAUGCUCCUAGCUAGGGCUCUGAGAAACCCACAAUCUUCACCCUGCUCUUUGGCUGAGACUGAGCAUGGCUCCUGUGUUCCCCACGCUUGAGACUCAAGCAUCCACAUCAUGUUUCCUUGAAAACAUUCCUUGAUUGACUGACAGCGAUUUACAGACUUUGCAGCCAACCAUCUCGUUGGGAGACAGACCACUUCCAGCGGGGCAGAGAGAAGCAACUUUGACAUCGAGUACCAGUUCGAGACAUGGAGUACCAGUUUGAGACAUCUUGCUGACAAGCCCUAGGAAAUCAGAUGUGCAAAUGCUGUGAUUUCAUCACUGAUGACUUCAUGACUCUGCUGCUGCUCAUCGUUGCUUAUCUCAUCACUCGUCCCAUCCUGUGGAUCAUCUCAGAGGACCUUCUUGCUGCCCCUUGCAAACAAAAAUGACUUCAUUAUCUGUUUGGUUGGUUGAUAUCCAGUUGUUCUUGUAAAUCGCAGUCAUGACAAGUAGGAUGCACAAGGAUUCAAAACAUUACCAAUGUGGCUGUGGAGAACGCCACUUACUUAGACACCCCAUUGGAAAUAUAACCUUUGGGUUUGUCAGAGACACAAGAAAACCUUACCAAGAUGCAACAGUAAUUGCUUAAGUCUCACCGGGUGGUGGUACAGGUAGUCAAAGACUAUGUAGCCACGUCUAGCUUAAAGAAGGACAAAUGAUGGAAGGACAUGAUAGUGAUCAUCAGACAAAAAAAGUCACAGGGUGUUGGCUUGAGUGGGAAGAGAUCAAGAGACCUUGAAAGACAGUUCUCUUAUAAAAAUUCCUGGCUUGGUCUGCAAAGGACUUGACAAGAUAGAACACGCAACAUAUAUAAAGACCUAUCAGAAUGUGUUAAGGACAUUUUAAAGUGUUAAUGAUAAAUGUAAUAAUGAUUCUUGUGUAUACCCUAUAUUCUAAUCCUAAGUGAUGUUUGAUUUUUCGGCAAUUGCUAUUUGGAGUGUAUUAAUGUUAAUUGUGAUACUGCUUAUAGUCUGUCCUAGAUGGCUGUAGGGAUAGCCAGCAGCCAGAGGGGGAAAUGUAGUGGUGUUUUGUUGUUUUGAUAUUUACCUGACUCCAUUAUUUAUAAGGUCACUAUUUUGUGAUGAAGUGUUCUUUUGUCUGUUUUCAUAGCUUCUCUUUCAUUAAGAGAAGCAUAUUGUGGAAUAUAUUGUGGAACAACAUGUGUGUUCAUGAAUUGAUAAAUAUAUGUAACCCCCAUAUAAGACAGCCCACCAAGGGGAAAAUUGGGUAAACAACUUCACUGUUAGCUUAUGUUAUUAGCUACCAGCCAAAUUAAUUAGUAAACAAAUGAGGUCACCAGCUGCUAAUCAGAAUUUGGGUGUAACUAGCUAUAGCUAGUUCUACAGCUAGAAUUAUAAAAAAACCGCUGGAGCUCUUAGCCCAUAGCCUACUCCUGGGUUGAAACUGAGCCUUCUUACCUGUGUUCUCCAGACUUGAGCAUCCCACCCUGCCCUUACCCAUAUCAACUGAGGACAAUGUCAGGAUAUUGAAGUGUUUUUUCUUACUUUAUUAUUCUUGCUUCCCCUCCCCCACAAUAUGGCUUACUUGAAAAUGUGUUGCCUGACCAUGUAUGUGUAAUGGGUAUUUUAUUUGUUUCCUCUCAGUGGGUGGGGGAGGGCAUGGAGGGGAGGAGGGAGGGAGGGAUAAAAUUUGGA